AUGAAUGAUAUUCGAAAUACUAAGAAAAAGCGCCCCAGGAAUCCAGGUGACAUUGCCCAGUGGCUGCGGGAAAAGCAGCCGCGGACCUCACAUUUAGCCGUGGGGUGGGCAGAGCGCGGCAGCGGCGGAGGACACCAUGCAAGCGCGGCGGUGGCCGCGGCCCCGGCCGCUCUGGGCAGCUCUGCUGGCGCUGGGGGCCCUGGCGGGCGUCGGCAUGGGCGUCSGAGCUUGAAGGCUCUGCUCCCUCCCGUGUCUCUGGGUGGCAGCAGUGCUGCUGAUUCUGGUACAGACCUCCCAGCCCCAAAGUCUCUAGGGUAUGCGGAGAGGCGCUCCGGGGAGGCUCGGAUCCCUGGCCUCGUUUCUUCUGCUGCUGCUCACACCGUUAGCUGCCCCAGCAGUCAGCCUUGUCCUUGGUGUUGGGAGCCCUUGGUGAUUUUGCUGAAGGUGGAGAAACCCUGGCUCGGGAGAGACGCCGCCGCCUCUGAGAGCCUGGAAAAGGGGAAGCGAGAGCGAGCGAACGACUCAGUCCCCGGGCCGCGGCGGCGGCAGUGGCGGCAGCGCGACGGGCCGGGGCGGGGGCUCUGCUGCGGCGGGGUCAGGCGGCGGCAGGGGCAGGCCAUGCCGAAUAAAACCGAGAAGGAGAAAGAACCACCCAAACCAGGGAAGAGGCCCAACAUCUGCGCCACAAGAGGUGUGAGCUCCUGCCAGCAAUGUCUGGCUGUGAGUCCUGUGUGUGCUUGGUGCUCUGAUGAGGACCUGCCUCCGGGCUCACCCCGCUGUAACCUGAAGGAGAAUCUGCUGAAGGAUAACUGUGCCCCCGAGGCCAUCGAGUUUCCUGUCAGUGAGGCUCAAGUCCUGGAGGCCAGACCUCUCAGUGACAAGGGUUCCGGAGAUGGCUCCCAGGUUACUCAAGUCAGUCCCCAGAGGAUUGCCCUCCGGCUACGGCCAGAUGACUCGAAGAAUUUCUCCAUCCAAGUGCGGCAGGUGGAGGAUUAUCCUGUAGACAUCUACUACCUAAUGGACCUGUCUUACUCCAUGAAAGAUGAUCUGUGGAGUAUCCAGAACCUGGGUACCAAGCUGGCCUCCCAAAUGCGCAAGCUCACCAGUAACCUGCGGAUUGGUUUCGGGGCCUUUGUGGACAAGCCUGUGUCACCAUACAUGUACAUCUCCCCACCAGAAGCCCUCAAAAACCCCUGUUAUGAUAUGAAGAAUGCCUGUUUGCCUAUGUUUGGCUACAAACACGUGUUGACACUAACAGACCAGGUAACCCGCUUCAAUGAGGAAGUGAAGAAGCAGAGUGUGUCACGGAACCGAGAUGCCCCAGAGGGUGGCUUUGAUGCCAUCAUGCAGGCUACAGUUUGUGAUGAAAAAAUUGGCUGGAGGAAUGAUGCAUCCCAUUUGCUGGUUUUUACCACUGAUGCCAAGACCCACAUAGCACUGGAUGGAAGGCUGGCAGGCAUUGUCCAGCCCAAUGAUGGGCAGUGUCAUGUUGGCACUGACAACCAUUACUCUGCCUCCACUACCAUGGAUUAUCCCUCUCUGGGGCUGAUGACUGAGAAACUAUCUGAGAAAAACAUCAAUUUGAUCUUUGCAGUGACUGAAAAUGUAGUCAAUCUCUACCAGAACUAUAGUGAGCUCAUCCCAGGGACCACAGUGGGGGUUCUGUCCACUGAUUCGAGCAAUGUYCUCCAGCUCAUUGUGGAUGCUUACGGGAAAAUCCGCUCUAAAGUAGAGCUGGAAGUGCGUGACCUCCCUGAGGAGYUGUCUCUAUCCUUCAAUGCCACCUGCCUCAACAAUGAGGUCAUCCCAGGCCUCAAGUCUUGUGUGGGACUCAAGAUUGGAGAUACGGUGAGCUUCAGCAUUGAGGCCAAGGUUCGAGGCUGCCCCCAGGAGAAGGAGAAGUCCUUCACCAUCAAACCCGUGGGCUUCAAGGACAGCCUCACCGUGCAGGUCACCUUCGAUUGCGACUGCACCUGCCAGGCCCAAGCCCAGCCUUACAGCCGCCGCUGCAACAAUGGCAAUGGGACCUUCGAGUGUGGGGUAUGCCGCUGUGGGCCUGGUUGGCUGGGGUCCCACUGCGAGUGCUCGGAAGAGGACUACCGCCCGUCUCAGCAGGAUGAGUGCAGCCCCAAGGAGGGACAGCCCAUCUGCAGCCAGAGGGGCGAGUGCCUCUGUGGCCAGUGUGUCUGUCACAGCAGUGACUUUGGCAAGAUCACCGGCAAGUACUGCGAAUGCGAUGAUUUCUCCUGUGUCCGCUACAAGGGGGAGAUGUGCUCAGGGCAUGGCCAGUGCAGCUGUGGGGACUGCCUGUGUGACUCCGACUGGACUGGCUACUACUGCAACUGCACCACGCGUACCGACACCUGCAUGUCCAGCAAUGGGCUUCUGUGCAGUGGCCGGGGCAAGUGUGAAUGUGGCAGCUGCGUCUGCAUCCAGCCAGGCUCCUAUGGGGACACUUGUGAGAAAUGUCCCACUUGCCCGGAUGCCUGCACCUUUAAAAAGGAAUGUGUGGAGUGUAAGAAGUUUGACCGGGGAAUCCUACAGGAGAAAAAUACCUGCACCCGUUACUGCCGCGAUGAGAUCGAGUCUGUGAAAGAGCUUAAGGACACCGGCAAGGACGCAGUCAACUGUACCUAUAAGAAUGAGGAGGAUUGCGUCGUCAGGUUCCAGUACUAUGAAGACUCGAGUGGAAAGUCCAUCCUGUACGUGGUGGAAGAGCCAGAGUGUCCCAAGGGUCCGGACAUCCUUGUGGUCCUGCUGUCAGUGAUGGGGGCUAUUCUGCUCAUCGGCCUUGCUACUCUGCUCAUCUGGAAGCUUCUCAUCACCAUCCACGACCGGAAAGAGUUUGCUAAAUUUGAGGAAGAACGAGCCAGAGCAAAAUGGGACACAGCCAACAACCCACUGUAUAAAGAGGCCACGUCCACCUUCACCAAUAUCACCUAUCGGGGCACUUAAGGACAAGACGUCAUCAUCAGAUCAUUGUCAGACUUUGCCAGGAUUGUGGGCGUCUCUGCCAUCAUGUUUACAGAGGACAGUA